AUGUUCAAGUUCAUAUCAUUGAUUGUCCUCAUAUUGGCUACAAUUACUUUUGCUCAAGAAGAUGCAAGUGGAAAGAAAGAUUUUCUUACAAUACUUGUUAUUGAUCUUGGCACAAGUUAUUCAAGUGUUAGUGUCUUUAAAAAUGGUCGUGUAGAAAUCAUUCCUAAUGAUCAAGGUAGUCGUAUAACACCAUCAUAUGUUGCAUUCACUGCGGAAGGUGAACGUUUAAUUGGUGAUGCAGCUAAAAAUCAAUUAACGUCAAAUCCCGAAAAUACCGUAUUUGAUAUUAAACGUCUUAUUGGUCGUGAAUUUAAUGAUCCAAGUGUUCAAUCAGAUAUUAAAAAUUUUCCAUUUACUAUUAUCAAUCGUGAAUCUAAACCAACAAUAGCUAUAAACGUUGGAUCAGAGCGGAAAUAUUUCGAACCAGAAGAAAUUUCUGCUAUGUUAAUUGGUAAAAUGCGUGAAAUUGCUGAAGCCUAUCUUGGCUAUAAAGUCACACAUGCUGUUAUUAGUGUCCCAUCUUAUUUUAAUAAUGCUCAACGUCAAGCUACUAUAGAUGCUGCAACAAUCUCGGGUCUAAAUUACGUGCAUCUAAUAAAUGAACCAACAGCUGCUGCUAUGGCUUAUGGUUUUAAUGAUAAGCAAGAAAAAAAUAUUGUUGUUUUUGAUUUGGGUGGUGGCACAUUUGAUGUAUCACUUGUAAUUGUCGAUAAUGGUGUAACUGAAGUUGUUGCAACUAAUGGUAAUACACAUUUAGGUGGUAAAGAUUUUGAUGAAUGUGUUAUGGAACAUUUCAUAAAACUGUUUAAAACGAAAACUGGUAAAGAUAUUCGAAAAGAUAAACAAGCUGUACAGAAAUUACGAUGUGAAGUUGAAAAGGCUAAACGAACCUUAUCAUAUCAACAUCAAACAACAAUUGAAAUCACAUCAUUUUAUAAUAAUGAAGAUUUUAGUGAAGUAUUAACACGUGCAAAAUUUGAAGAAUUAAAUAUGGAUUUAUUCCUUUCAACAAUAAAAUCAAUACAAAAAGUUUUAGAAGAUGCUGAUUUAAAAAAGAAAGAUAUCGCAGAAGUUGUUCUAGUCGGCGGUUCAACACGUAUACCUAAAGUUCAACAAUUAGUCAAAGAUUUCUUUGAUGGAAAAGAACCUUUCCGUGAUAUUAAUCCAGAUGAAGCGGUUGCUUAUGGUGCUACUCUUCAAGCCGGCUUUUAUUCAGGUGAACAAGGUACUGGUGGUAUCGUUUACCUCGAUAUAAAUCCAUUAACUGUGGGUAUUGAAACAGUUGGUGGUGUAAUGACAAAAAUUGUUCCACGUAAUACAGUUCUUCCAACCAAAAGAAGUCAAAUUUUAUCCACUGCUGCUGACAAUCAAGCAGUUGUAGAAAUUAAAGUAUUCGAAGGUGAACAUCGAAUGACAAAAGACAAUUAUUUUUUACGUAAAUUUGAUCUUACUGAUAUUCCACCAGCACCACGAGGUGUACCACAAAUUGAAGUUACUUUUGAAAUUGAUAACGAUGGUAUUCUUAAAGUUACUGCUAAAGGGCGUGUAGAUGUGGGGGUUUUAGAGCUGGUGGGGAAAAAAACAAUUACGUACAUCGAAAAUUUAGCAAAUGAACCUUUCCAUGAAAUUCUUGAUUAUUUCGAUGGAUGUGAAUUAUAUAAUGCAUUUUCGAAUCUAAAUAUUCAUUUGGCCUUGAAUCAGACAUAUCAUUUAAAUCUAUUUGACAUUGAUGCCUCGUUUACUCGUCUUGAAUCACUUCGAUUAUACAAUAUCUAUUCGAAUCAACUGAUACAUAUUCUUACCAGUUUAUUAUCUUUAACUCAUCUAUCAUUAUUGACUAUCUGUUAUAAUGAUGUCGACAAUGUAUAUCGAAUAAUUUUUAAAUUACCUAUGUUAAAAUACAAUAAAUUAUCAUUUAUCCGACAUGCUUUAGACGUUCCUCUCUCAAUUGCUACGAACACACAAUUAAGUAAUAUUCAAUAUUUAGUUAUUGAUCAUGGAUGCGAUUUACAUGAACUUAUUACGCUACUUUCAUAUACACCUCAAAUUGCUCGUUUGACUUGUCAAAAACUCUAUGCAUCAAAUAAAAAAAAAUAUUAA